AUUUAUUUCAGCUUUCUAGAUGGCGGUACAGCUAGCACUCACUGUCGUGACCAGACUUGCGGUACCGGCCAGAAGCACAGGAAUUUUAACUAAUUUAACUAAAGGAGUGGGCCUCUCUUCCUUCACUAGCACCAUAUGUUCAGGUUUAUUUGGAAGAUCAUUCAGUACAUCUUCCCACUUAAAGAAUCGAAAAGUGACCUGGGAAGCCAAGGGGGAUGUGGCUGUUGUUUACGUCAAUGACCCACAUUCAGAGGUGAACACAUGGUCAGCUCAGACAAAGAAGGAGAUGGUGGAGGCUAUGGAGGGGAUCUGGAAUAACGACUCAGUCGGAAGUGCUGUAGUGAUCUCCCCCAAGCCGCACAGCUUCAUUUCAGGGGUCGACGUAGACAUGAUCUCGGCCUGUAAAUCUAAAGAGGAAGCAACUCUCCUUUCUCAGCAGUGGCAGGGCAUGAUGAAAAGAAUUGAAGGCUCCCCCAAACCUAUUGUUGCUGCUAUCAGCGGAUGGUGUCUUGAUGGGGGAUUGGAGUUUGCCACAGCCUGCCAGUACAGAUUGGCUACGAGGAGCAGGACCAGUCUCGUCAGCCGUGAGGUCAGGCUGGGUCUUAUGCCUAGUGCUGGAGGUACACAAAGACUGACUAAAUUGCUUGGACCAUACCAUGCCUUGGAUGUGAUGCUGGAAGGUUGCAGAAUCAAUGCUGAUGAGGCACUGAAAAUUGGUCUGGUGCAUAAGGUGGUUGACACGCUGGAUCUUAAAUAUUUUGAGGAUAUAGCUGUAGACUGUGCUCGAGGAAUAGUUGACAAGACUAUUACACUCACUCCAGAAAAGAAUUGGACCAAGAUAGCACAGGAUUUCUAUUAUUGCUUUCCAAUAUUUCGGUACUCUGUGUACUGGAAUAUGUUGGAAAGAAUUAUGAACAGGGAAACAUUGACGACUGCACCCCUAAAAAUAUUAGAGACUGUGCAGAUUGGAGUGGAGCUGGGACCAGAAGCAGGGUUCCGAGCAGAGUCGAGGAACUUUGGUGAAUUAGUAAUGAGCCCUGAAACAAACGUGCUCACCGCACCGUACCAAGACCUGAUUAUAAGGUACCUCAAAAGGAAAUCUAGAACAUAAGAUUAGUUUAAUUUAAUUUAAUUAACUAAACACUACUAAAAACAACUACUGACUCCUCCUCAACCCCCUGCCCUACAGGAAAUUCCCCCGUUCUCCAGGAAAUAUAAAGAUCUGGAUAUAUAAGAUACACCAACAAUUUUAUUGAAUAUUAUAUAAAGAUUGAUUGCUUUGAACCUACUAAAUAUUAAUCCCAUUAUUUUGUUUGAUAAAUACAACUAAAGUAAGUUCAACCAACAAUUAUAUUGAAUAUUAUAAAGAUUGUUUGAUUUGAACCUACUAAAUA